GACGAAAGUCGCUCAAUGUAAGAGGGCGACCUCCGGUGGCAGGCGGCAUCCAUUGCACAGCGGGUGUACGGCUUGUUAGUCCAAUCUUAUCGUUCGUUUUCAGUUGUCAUCAAUUUCCCCAAAUGCGUCCUACAAAGAAUCUUACAUCUUGCAAAAACAAACCUAUAUAAAAGGUCUACAUGAUGCAGGCGUGCUCGUCUCCGAGAUUGCAAUCAAAAUGGGCAGAUCCGAAUCAGACAUCUAUAGCGUCAUCAAGCCAAAAAAAGUAGACGAGGUUCCAGCCGUACCAAAACGUGUAGGACGGCCGCCAAAAUUGGAUGAUAGGGAUAAGCGUGCCAUAUUGCGAUAUAUGAAAAUGCAUCCUCGCACUACAUUAGGUGAAAUCACCAGCAACAGUCCAUGCAAGGUUGGCCCAGACACCGUCAGACGAAUGCUGCUGGCAGAAAAGAAAAACAGCAGAAGCGGCCGGAUGAAGCCGUGAAUUUGAAAAUACUAGACAAGUCAAUAAAUUUGAUCUCGUGUCCCCUGCUGCAUUACAGGCUAAUGCUUUGAG